CAUUAAUUAUUGAUCAGCAAUUAUAGAGAAACAUAAUCAUACAAUGUGCAAUCGUUAAAAGUGAUUUUCACUGAUCUGUUUUAAGCUCUGCCUCAUCUCUACCUACUUGUCAUGCGCGGCGUAAAAGCACGUGCCGAUGUUUAACUUUAACGUUUGCUUUCCUUCCCGUUUAAACAGGGUUUGUCAUCUUAAUCUGAGCGAAGUCCAACCUACAAUCCGCACAGUCUAUUCAAAGGAACGGGCCCUUUGUCUGGGGGUCACCGUGUCUCAGAUCAGUCGUCCGUUAUGGCACCGCUGAAGUUUUGCGCCAACAUUUCUUGGCUGUUUUGCGAGCUUCCCAGCUUCACGCAGCGACUCCACGCGGCAGCUGCGGCCGGCUUUCGAGCGGUGGAAGCAGCCUGGCCAUACGAUACUGAAGUUAGUGAACUGCAGGAAGCGAAAGAACAAGCGGGAGUCGAGGUGGUGCUCCUCAACACACCGCCGGGUGACACCAAAAAUGGAGAUCUGGGACUUGGAGCUGUUCCUGGCAGGCAGCAAGAAUUUCGAGAUGGCUUGGAUCUUGCAGUGAAAUACGCUAAAGCUCUCAACUGCAGCAGGAUCCACCUGAUGGCUGGAAGAGUUCCUGCUGGUGCUGAUCGAACAGUUGUUGAAAAAGAUAUGGAGGCCACUUUCAUAGAAAAUCUAAGAUAUGCUGCUGAUGUUUUGGUCAAGGAAGGAAUUGUAGGAUUGGUUGAGCCAAUAAACACAAGAAUUACUGAUCCCAGAUAUUUCCUAAAUACACCACAUCAAGCGGCUGAAAUAUUGCAGAAAGUUGGGCACUCAAAUUUAAAGCUGCAAAUGGACCUCUUUCACUGGCAGAUUAUGGAUGGAAAUCUUACUCAAAAUAUCAAAACUUAUUUUCCACUUAUAGGGCAUGUCCAAAUAGCACAGGUCCCUCAACGUAAUGAACCAGACUCACCAGGGGAACUUAAUUUCAGUUACAUAUUCAGCCUGCUGGAAGGCCUUGGUUACCAAGGAUUCAUUGGUUGUGAAUAUAAACCAAUAAAUACCACUGAAGAAGGUUUGGGAUGGCUGAGACGAUACUGGAAUUUACAUUAAAAAGAUGCAACUCUGAAUCUGUGAUUAUUCUAGAAACUUACACUUUCUGACUGUAUAGUGGUCCAUUAAUUAAUUGGACUUUUAUGCACUUCAGUUGUGCUGUAACAAUCCUAAAAUAAUUAAACAGAUCUUUACAUACAA